AUGGCGGAAAACAGCAAGCAGUGCCGCGCCGACGCGUACUUCCUGCCGGCGCAGCGCAGCCGGCCCGCGCUGUUCGGCGUGCCGCUGCUGGUGGGGCUGCGCGACGGCAUGAGCGGCCGCGAGCUGCACGCCGCCGUGUGGGCGCAGGUGGCGCGCCUGCUGAGCGCGCGGCCGCCCGGCCAGGACCAGCCCGGCCGCGCCAACCACGCCACGGACUGCGACGACAGCCUGGGCUACGAGUUCCCCUUCACGCUGCGCCUGGUGGCGGGCGGCGGCGGCUGGUGCGCGCUGUGCGCCUGGCCGCGCCUGUGCCGCGGCUGCGCGCUGCCCAGCUGCGACGCGCCGCUGGUGCGCGGCUUGCUGGGUUGGCUCCGACGCGAGGUGCAACGCGGCUACGCAGUAGGACAGUUCUGGUACCUCGUAGGCGCGGAGUGGUGGGCCUCGUGGAACGCCUAUUGCAGCAGCGGCGCCGCGUCUUGCUGCAGGCCAAAUAACCGCCUCAUCGAUGAAGCUAUUGUCUGUGAUGAGAGCUUCACUAGCAAUUCCACCGAAUCAAUGGGGUCCCUGCUAUGGCGAGCAGAAACGGGUUCCGUGGGAUCCGCGGGGUCCAGCAGUGGCGUGUCAAGCGCGGUCGCCGGCGGACGGCUGCUGCAUCCAGGGCCCGUGGAUAACAAGAGACUGCUGGCGCAGAACCUGCUGCAGGUGCCGACGCUGACGGGCGAAGGCGGCCACCUGCGCCGGGACAUCACCCUGGCACAGCAUAGGGACUUCGAGCUGGUCCCCGACGCGCUCUGGAGGGCGCUGGCCCUGUGGUACGGAGGACCAGACCCCCUGCCCAGACAGGUCGUAAGGCCACCGAACUCUGACGUAGAACUGGAGCUUUAUCCGCUACAUUUGAAAAUACUACGACACGUCGCCAGUCCACAGAGUAACUUAUAAUUCUUUUUUGAUAUUUUGCAUUAUGUGAGUUUGAAAAUGGUAAAACUCAUUGUACGUUUGUUCCAAGGGAUGAGCGCCGUGGCUUCUGUGGGCGGCGCAGGCGUGUCCAUGUACAGCAGUGUGCCGUUGGCGCCGCAACCUCCCGAGAGACAGCUGGCAUAUACCGCUGCUUUCUCGAGACUUGCCACCGUUAAACAGGUGGCGGACUUCCUGUGCCAGGCGCUGGCGCUGGCGCGCGAGGACGUGCGCCUGUGGGCCGUGGGCGGCGCGGGCGCGGGGGGCGCGGGCGCGGGCGGCGAGCUGCUGGACGACGAGCGGCCCACGCUGCACGAGCUGCGCCUGGACGAGCGCUCGCGCCUGCUGCUGGAGCUGCGCAACGCCGACCUCACCUGGCCGGAGGAGAUCGGCGCGCUCAGGUGCGCCUCUCCCUGCAGCCUGACCAGCGGCGGCCGGGCGCUGUCGCGGCGCGAGACGCUGGUGGCGCCCAACGUGCCCGGCGCCACGGGGCUGCACAACCUCGGCAACACCUGCUUCAUGAACGCCGCGCUGCAGUCGGUGUGGAACACGGGCCCGCUGACGCGCUACUUCAACGCCGGCAUGCACCUGUACGAGGUGAACCGCGGCAACCCGCUGGGCACGGCGGGCGCGCUGGCGCUGCGCUACGGCGAGCUGUGCAAGGAGGUGUGGUCGUGCCGCGCGCGCUCCGUGGCGCCGCUGCGCGUGCGCUGGUGCGUGUCGCGCCACGCGCGCCACCUGGGCGCCGGCCAGCAGCACGACGCGCAGGAGCUGCUGGCCUGGCUGCUGGACUCGCUGCACGAGGACCUGAACCGCGCGCGGCCGCCGCCCGCCGCCGCCGCCGCCCCCGACUCGGCCGGCCGGCCCGACCGCGACGUGGCGGCCGAGGCCUGGGCGCAGCACGCGGCGCGCAACGACUCCGUGGUCACCGACCUGUUCUACGGCCAGCUCAAGUCCAAGGUGCGCUGCGAGGCCUGCGGCAAGGAGUCCGUGCGCUUCGACGCCUUCAACAUGCUGAGCCUGCCGCUGCCCGUCGAGUCCUACGUGCGCUGCGAGGUCCGCGUGAUGCUCCUGGACGGUUCGGUGCCGGUGAAGUACGGCGUGCGAGUCAAUUCGGAGGGCACGUACGCGGACUUGAAGAAAAGACUUUCAGAAUUAUGUGGCCUCUCACCUGAAACCAUGCUGCUGGUGGAGCUGUCGGGCGCCACGUUCCUGCGCGUGUUCGAGGACGGCGCCAAGAUCUCGGCGACGUCGGCCGCGGAGCUGUACGCCUACGAGACGCCGCUGGAGGGCGCCGACUCCGACGCCUCCGACCUCGACGACGUGGACCACGACGACCAAGAGUGGAGCGGCUCCGGCGCCGGCGGGUGGGCCGAGGUGAGUGUGGGGCGGACUCAGACCUCCUCGCUCUGCAUGCCCGCACUCUUCUGCUUCAAGCGGUCGCGAUCCGAAAUUCUUAUGUCGCAGAGCCCACCCAGCUUCCAACCACACGGCGCCUUCGCUGGCGACUAUCGGAGCAACACGCUGCCCAAGGACUUGUCGGAACUCAAAAGAGCGGAAACCAACGGCAAGAGUUCACCGACCCUGAGCGUGAAGUCUCUCAACUUAAAGCCGGCGAGUCCUCGCCUAGGCAAGGUCAAGUUUAGCUCAUCACCUUCCAACAUGAAUCAGCUGAACGAGCACCCGCCCAUCGGGAAGAUACAUUACUUGGUUGCUGUGCAUCGGUUAGUAUUGAUUUUUUCAUCACACUUGCACGGCUCGGAGUCCAAUGAGUUGCGUCAGUUGGACUUCAGCGUGCUGCGGCAGGUAUACCGAAGGUCGCGCUCCUCCGUCAUGCUGGCCAUCGACUGGGACCCCACGGCGCUGCAUCUGCGGUACCAGUCCACUAGGGAAAAGGCGUGGAUAGAGCACUCCUCAGUGAGCGAAUGCCUGGCAGAAGCGGCACGACCUAUCGACCUGGCGUCCUGUCUCAAAGCAUUCACCUCGGAGGAGAAGUUAGAAGAACGAUACCACUGUUCGGCGUGUCGGAGUGCUCAGCCGGCUACAAAGAAAUUGCAGAUAUGGAGGCUCCCACCUAUAUUGAUAAUUCACCUAAAACGUUUUCAAUACGUAAACAACAAAUGGAUAAAGUCCCAGAAAGUGGUCAACUUCCCUUUCCAAGAUUUCGACCCGACGGCGUACUUGGCGUCGGUGCCGCAGGAGACCAUCCUCAGGCAUCUCGAGCUUAAGAACUUGAGAAGAAGAUCCUCGAUGUUCGUCGACGGACCCAUGCCGGAACCAAUAUCAGAAAGCGACACUGACGACGAGACGGUGUACCCAUCCAAGGAGAAGAACAAGCCUCGCGUGGAGCGGAAGCCGCGGGAAAUAGAGACGCGAACGAGGGAGAGACUCGAGUCCACCAGUCUCGUCACUACGCCUGUCUGCGACGACAACCUCAUUGAUUACCAUCAGCACCACCUCAAGAAGGACCAGGAUCCCUUCGAUCUGAAGUACAGAUUGUACGCUGUUGUGUCGCACAGCGGGCAGAUGAGCGGCGGGCACUACGUGGCGUACGCGCGCAACCCCUCGGGCGCGUGGCUGUGCUACAACGACUCCAUGUGCCGCGAGCAGGCGCCGGCCGACGCCAAGGCCGCCUACCUGCUGUUCUACGAGCGGAAGGGACUGGACGAGGAGCGCUACCUGCCGGACGUGGCCGGCCGCCAGCCCGUGCGCGCCGACCUGGACGCCGACGCCGACGACGCCGACCUGCGCAAGGUGUGCGUGCUGGCCUAGCCGGUCCUCGCCGUUCCUCGCCGGUGAUGUUUUCGUUAAAACUUUAUUUGUUGUCGUUAUGCAUUCCUUUUAUUCAAACUUGGACUGUUGGAGUACGUUCGAUGCGCGUCGCGCUUUGGCGGCUUUUGAUCGGGGACGCGGUGGAACGAUCUAUUGGAAAUGUACGAUAUUUGGUCAUAUUCAAAAUAUGUGAAUACGAGGGCCGCAUUCGCACUUGGCUCUUUAUUAUUAUAACUGUUCAAAAACCAGUUUCCUGUUUUCUAACAAAACAUUGGAUUAAUUGUUUGUUUGCGAUAAUUACAAAGACGUUACAGACGUGCGAUUUGGAUCAGAGACCUGCCUUGAGGCAUAUUUUUUCAUGUAAGCUCGUGCAACAGUUUGCACACCAUUCUUAUGCAGCCUAAUCAGUCACAAAACCAUAUAAUAAAAUAAUAUUAAUAAUGAAUCGAACGAGUCGGUCUAGUUUAAAAAAAAACAAUAUUGUAGAAAGUCAUCAUGGAAGUAAAUAAAUAAUGAUGUUUUAAAUUCUACUCAGUGAUUAUUUGUAUAUAAUAAGUUAUACCGUGUUAUAUACACAUUUUCGGCAUACACAUGGCGGGUUAUCACUUGCCACCAGGUAGACUGUUAGGCGAUUUGUAUACAAUUGAAACAAAAUUAACUGUAUUGUACAUUUCUAAUGAUAAAAUAGCGUUGGGGUUAUAGAUAAUCAAUCAAUGUAAUAUAAAACGCGAGACUGAUGUGAGGUAGUUUAAUGUGAUGUGCUAUAUUUACUCAUUACGUUAUUUUAUAUAUAACUAUACAUUUAGAUUUGUAACAUAUUCGAUAGUUUUGAUGCGUUCAGUGUUACUUUUAAUGACGAGAUUUGGUUUAAAUUCAGUUUCUUGAUUCACCAAAGUAGGCUCAAUGUGAGAUAAACCUUGUACAUCAACUAAUAAAUGAAGAAUUGGUGAUAGCCUCUAUAUUUUAGGGAAUGGAAUAUUCGUGACAUUUUUACCAAUAAUAAUGGUUGCUUUUGAACAAAUAAUUUAUUUAUCUUUACGAAAUAUCGUCGUUUUAGGAUGGUGAUACGAAAUGGCAACACUGUGCCUUUAAUAUUGUUCAUUGAUAUUGUAACACUGGAUGAUACAAAAUAAAGCAUUAAUUGCACGUUCUUAAUAGGCUGCUAGGCUGCGACUCGGCCUUAAUAUUAUUAAAGAAAAUUUCUAUCUUAUUAUUAUUAA